CAGCAGAGUGGGUCUCAGGCGACGGUCUACGUACGCGAGCGGGCGUCUACGCUCGGGGCCACACUGGUCGUUUGUGUUCGACCCCGCGGGCAGGCUGUGUUACUACUGGUCCAUGGUCGUUUCGCUUGCCUUCCUUUACAACCUCUGGGUCAUAGUGUAUAGGUUCGCUUUUCAAGAAAUUAAUGGUGAAACGUUAAUAGUGUGGUUCUGCCUGGAUUACUUUUCGGACUUUUUGUAUUUGGCGGACAUUCUAUUCCACUUCCGGACGGGGUACCUGGAGGACGGUGUGCUGCAGACAGACGCGGCCAAGCUACGGGCGCAUUACAUGAACUCGACCACAUUCUACAUUGACUGCCUGUGUCUGCUGCCGCUCGACUUCCUUUACCUCUCCAUUGGGUUCAACUCGAUCCUGCGCUCCUUUCGGCUAGUCAAAAUCUACCGCUUCUGGGCUUUCAUGGACCGCACUGAGCGCCACACGAACUAUCCUAACUUAUUUAGAUCGACAAGUUUAAUUCAUUAUUUAUUAGUGAUAUUCCAUUGGAACGGGUGCUUGUACCAUAUAAUUUAUAAAAACAAUGGAUUCGGUAGUAAAAACUGGGUGUAUCAUGACACAGAAACGGCGGACGUUGUGAAACAGUAUUUGCAAAGUUAUUAUUGGUGCACGUUGGCGCUCACGACAAUAGGUGACCUGCCACGGCCGCGCAGCAAGGGCGAAUAUGUGUUCGUGAUAGCACAGCUCCUGUUCGGGCUGCUGCUGUUCGCCACUGUGCUCGGUCAUGUCGCCAAUAUCGUCACCUCGGUCAGCACCGCACGGAAGGAGUUCCAAGCAAAACUAGACGGAGUAAAAACCUACAUGCGCAUGCGACGCGUACCGACGCAUCUUCAGGUGAAGGUGAUCAAGUGGUUCGACUACCUUUGGCUCACGCAGAAAUGCUCCGACGAGGAAAAGGCGGUAUCCUGUUUACCAGACAAACUGAAGGCCGAAAUUGCUAUCAAUGUACAUUUGGACACGCUCAAGAGGGUCGAGAUAUUUCAGAACACUGAAGCGGGCUUCCUGUGCGAGCUGGUGCUGCGGCUACGACCAGUUCUAUUUUCGCCUGGCGAUUACAUAUGCAGAAAAGGCGAAGUGGGAAAGGAGAUGUACAUAGUAAACAGGGGAAAGCUGCAAGUGGUAGGCGACAACGGGAAGACAGUACUAGCAACACUCAAAGCGGGUUCUUAUUUUGGCGAAAUUUCCAUUCUGAACAUGGGCACGGCAGGUAAACAACUUGCGUCGGUGCGCUCCGUCGGGUACUCGGACCUGUUCGUGCUCAGCAAGAAGGACAUGUGGGACGUUCUUAAGGAAUAUCCGGCUGCCAGAGUUCGCCUAGAAGCUAUAGCCGUCAAGAGACUUGAGAAAUAUAAGAAAGCACCGCUGGAGAAAGUGGCAAUGGGCCGGUGUCAGUCAACACCGGGACUCGUAGAGACGAGCGGCCGCGUGCCAAUCGAGGAGAUGCAGCUGCCGCCGGCGCCUGUGCCACCCAUGCACCCCUCACACCCGCCUUCCUACCGGGACCAGCUUUAUAGUUCGUCAGUAAGUCCUCUUCGAGUAGCGUCUCCAGUGGCGUCACUAGCGUCGAGCGUGCGAAGCAGCGCAGCGGGAGGUGGCAGCGUGGCGGCGGGCAGUCUGGCACCGCGCGGCCUUCUCGAUUCGCACGAGGUGCUCGAGUGUGAGAUCAAGCGUCUGCGCGAGCGCCUCUACACCGUCGAGACCGAAAACGCUGCCAUGUCCGCGAAGCUCAGUCAGCAGCAGUGGGAAGUUGACCAGAGGCUGCAAGAGAUCGAGAUGCAGAUCUGUGGUGGCAGCUCGCUGAGUUCGCAGGAGGACAACGAGCGCAACCGCGAGAGCAUCAUUUAACGACGCGCCUCGCCCGAGCCUGCGCCUGCGCCAUUGUGCGCGCAUCAGCACCUCGUCUCUGCCGUGUACUAACCCACCGCCACCGCGCCUUCUGCCGCGCCCCUGCGCCCGCGCCGCUCGCUGGUCGUCGCGCUGAAGACGCCAACUGUGACUUCUGUGAAACAAACUACUCAUAGUGUUUUCAUAACGAGUAACAUAAUAUUACGGAAUAUUUAAAUACGAAUUAACUUUAUCAAAUUUAUAUACGUAGUAUAUACGACUCGCUAAUAUUUGACGAGUGUUCGUGGAGUGAGAUUUUGCCAAGACAAUAUUAUCUUAAAUGUAAUGUCGUUAAGGUACAUCGAGCAAGUGUAGUGUGUCGAGUGCGUGAGGCGAGGUAGUCGCGUCUUGUAGCGCUACCCGCUCGUUCAGCUCGUCUUUGUGCCCCAAGGGCAGUGUCGUUGUUUUGUUAGUUACUGUAUGUUGUGCAUAUAACUUGUGUCUAUGUUACAUGACGGAAAUUGGUUUAUCCAGUAAGAUAAAUUGUGCAAGAAAUAGGUUCCCUCAUAUACAAUGUUCUUAAAGCCCGUAUCUAGUCAACCCUGCGUCUCGCUGGAUGCUGAAGACGUCAAUCACCUCGUGCUUAAAAUAUUGUGUAAAAAGUUAUACAUAUAUUAUGUAUCUGUAUUUGAACUGUGUGCCAAGUAUGAGGCCAAAAUGUGUUAUGCUGCGAGUAAGUUUAAGUUAACUCAUAAAGUACUCGAAAUGGAUGUAUGUCCAUAAAUUUGAGCUUUAAUUAUAAUAAAAUCCUGGGAGACUUAAUCUUAUAUUAUAUUUUCCACUUUGAAUCUUCACUAAUUAUAAUUUAUAUUUCUUACUGUAAUUAAUUUACUUGGAAUUCAUUAUUUCUUGCAACACUCUAGGGAAUAGUUCUUUCAUCGUCAAUGAUCAAUGACCUAGCAUUUUGCGAGCAUUUCAUUCGUUAUUAUACAAAAACGAC